AUGAAACUCCAUGCCAUCCGAUCCGACGACAUGUCUGAGAACUACCGUGGACUUCCGCUGCCACCAAAUGAUUUCGAUAAUACAAACCGCCAGGCAGCCAAGUCUUGGGUGUUGCCCUUUCACGAGACGGAGUUCGCCAUUACACUCCAGCCAGGCGCCUAUCUCGUCGAUCUUGUCGAGACGGUGCAGGUUCCCCCGAACUGCAUGACGAGCCUCUUCCCUCGAUCGUCGCUGUGGCGGUCUGCUGCCGGAAUCCGUGCUGGAGUCGUCGAUGCUGGAUAUGAAGGUGCUAUAGGAGCUUUAAUGGAAGUGAAUAACCCGAAUGGUAUCGUAAUGCUAAGCUCGCACAAAUUUGUAUUCGAGGAGAUGGGGGAAAUGGUCGAGGGAUAUAGUGGCAUCUACCAGUCCUCAACGAGUGGUAUUAGACGCGAUGGGACAGCAAAGGCGUAA